GGCUGAGCACAGAGAGGAGGAUGUGAAGGAGCUCAGCAGCUAGCUGCUCCACAGCGUGUCUGAGCAAAAUGAAACAUGGAUGAGGUCUCCGAAAGUUGGGAGGAAGCUGCUGACAGUGGGGAAAUGGAAAAACGGUUAGAAGAGAAACUAAGGAUCAGCCAAAGAGAAAGGGAGUCUAGUAAUAAUUCUCCACGAACUCCAUUGAAGACAACCAUGGUGAUACAGGAUGACUCUCUACCAGCAGCUCCCCCACCUCAGAUACGCAUUUUAAAGCGGCCUGCGAGUAACGGGUCAUUGGGAUCCGCCUUGAAUCAGAACAGGCCCACACCACAGGUGAAGUCUCUGGCCCAGCGUGAGGCAGAGUACGCCGAGGCCAGGAAGAGAAUACUGGGCAGCGCCUGCCCAGAGGAGACGCCUCAGGACAAACCAAACACUGACAGGCCAGGCCGCAAUAACUCUUCACUGCCUUCAGAGGACACCAGAUCAAACAAUCACACUGUCGGGCAGCCAGUCGGCCCAGACGGCACCCAAGGGUUCCGACAGCACAGAUAAGUGGGCCCUUGAGCCACCCAGCCAUUAAGGGGAGAGAGAUCAAGGGCCACCUGAGAGCAAAGACGUCUUAAAACCUCCUCUUUCAGCUAGCAGUCAUUGAGAACUUUCAGGGAGCAAGGAGGUCAAUUGGAAAUGUCCUGCCCUCUCUCCCCACUCCUCCAGUCGGUUUGACACUGUGAUUAUGGACUUCUUCUGGACUCACUGUGAUGAUCCCUUUAAGAGACACCCCUCUCCUUCACCUCUCUCCUCCUUCAGUGCCCAGCAGCGUUUCAGGAGUCCUGUGAGACUGAAGCAAAGACUUAAAGAAAAGGAGGGCAGAGAUGGAAGGAGGAGGAGUGUUGGGCCAUAGCAGAAUGAGAUGAGCUGGUACUUUGGCAGCUGUUUCUCCCCAGCAAUAAUGCCAGGCAUCACCUCUCACACGUUUUCAUACGUUUGUAAGUUUUCACAUUGGCUCACUUAGUUUUUAUCUUUUGUUUUCUCGCUUGUCUUUAAUGAUCUAUAUUACGGGUGCUCUGAUAUCUGUAAGUACAUUGAAUCCCUCAGAUACCACCAGAAACCUUUACAGCACAGCAGUGUUGAAGAUUUUUAAAGAACGCUUAGAAUUCAUAGUUUUUUUAAAGAGGAAACAUAAAAAAAAAGAAGUUUUAAUCUCCCUAGUAAGAGAGCUACAAGUGUUAUCAGUGCACCCCUAAUAUAUAAACUGCCAUUUCUUGUCAAAUCCAAGGGUAAGGGUUAUGUUUGUCAUGUUUUGUUUUUUUUUUAAUCUGAUGUGUUAAUGCUGUUUUUUUUUUUGUUUUGUUUUUUUAUUUUGAUUAUGCUUGUCAGCUGUCUUCCUUGGACUCUCACAUCAUUAUUUUUAUUUAAAACUUAAAGAGAAGAAAAAAGACAAAUGAAUAUGAGAUUGGGAGUCUAAAUCCAAUUUUUAAGUAGCUUUUCUGCCUUUUUGUAUGACAUGGCUGCAGUGUCAGAGCAGUAUUUUAAUGAACCAAAAUCCCUGUUUUAAAGUCAACCCAUGUGUAUACAUCAGUUAAUUAAGAUGUCAUUAUAAGAAGGUGGCGUUAGCAGCAACUCAGCGGAGGGUCAGAUGGCGGAAUGAAUCGACUGCUGUACACCAUGAGCCCCUUCAUCGUGUCUCAACGUCGUCAGCGCUGUGCUCGUCUCUUUGUGUCCUUCCCUGGCGUACAGGAUGUAGGAACUCAGGUGCAAGUGAACCAGACUGAAUGAAUGAAAUGAACAAGGAUUGUAUUUUUCCAGACGGUUUGAUGCUCAAACAGGAAAUGUAUUAAACUUUGGGUUGGCACUUUGUUAUAAACAGUGCUAGACAGAGAGUGCAGUGAAAUGUCACUGAAAAGAUGUCCCAAGAUGAAUGAAUGCCAGUUCUUUUUUAUACUUUGACUGUUGGCAUGUUGGUUGUGUAAUGCAACUGUUGGUCCGCUGUUGAAGUGGAGCAUGGAGACACAGCUGUAUGUGACUACCUGGCUGAUCAGAGCCAUUGUGCCCCAUAGAUCAUACUUUAGUUUUUCACCUUUUUAUUUGUUCAAGCAGAGAAAAGCUCUAAAUAAAGCCAUAUUUAGUGGUGCACAUCGUCAAUAGAAAGGUUCUUGUUACGGCUGAAAUCAGCUUGUGCCUCCUGUAUCACAUCUUAACUUCCUGGUUGUUGAUUUUUAUUACUGUAGUUCAAGAAACUGAAAAUGUCUGAGCGAGACUUCAAAAUACUGUUAGGAGAUUUCAGUUCAGGAAAGCUAGCAAAAGCAGAGCAGGAGAGAGAGAUGUGAGGCUGAGCUCUGAGUGAGAACACAAACUGCCUGUAAAUACUGAUUUAAUAAAAUGAUUUUCAAAAAAACAUUUUUACAUGUUCAUUUCUUAACAUGUAAAAAGUGAGUGCAAGAGUUACCACCUGGCAUUUAUACAUGUCCAUGAGGUACAUGAUUGACUUUGAAAGCACAACGGUGGGUCAAGAGCCAGAGCUGGGGUGGUGGAAUUGAAUACAGCUUACAAGCAAGGGAAGAACACAAGACCCGAUUAUAACCUUGGCCUUCACAAUCUAAUUUAGUUUAUCCUCAAGUCAGAGUGCAAAUUCAUAUAAAGUCAGAGGAAAUCCUUCACAGCAUACUUGAGGGACUUUGUUCAAAAAUAAGGAACAAACAUGAGGCCUAAGUGACCAUAUCCUUUGACCUUCAGAAUAUUAUUUACCCCUUGAGUCAGAGUGGACAUUUGUACAUAGUUAAAAGAAAAUCCCACAAGCAUUCUUGAGAUGUGCUCACAAGAAAUUGAUAAAUAUGAGACUUAGUGACCUUUAUCUUUAACCUACAAAAUCCUAUUACAUCCUGAAGUCAGAAUCAAUGUGAAAGAGGAGAGAAAAUAUUCAGAAAAUAUUCAUGAGGAAGGGAUAAAAAAAUCCCAAUCAACCCUGACCUUGGCUGCUAAAAUAUAAUCAGUUUGUUAAAAAACACACCACCUCUUAAGUUCUCUAGCAAUCUUGUCGAUGAGCAAGGGAUGAGCUGGAUGCCAAAUCCUUGACUAUAGACCUCCAAAAUCAAAUGAAUUUAUCCUAGAAUCAUAGUAGACAUUUUACAGUGUGAACAAUCCCCCAAGCAUUCUUGAGAUACUGCGUUCACAACAAUGGCUAAGAUGGACAAUGCAUGAACUUUGUGCCUCCAGCCUUGGCACUGGCUGACAUGGAGGCAAAAUGAUUCCAUUGAAAAUACCAGACUUUUCCCUAGAAUUUAGGAAGAACUAAGCGUUAUUUUUUUUCCAAAAAGUGAGGUUUCUGCUUCAUGUCAUGGAGCCAGUUUCAUAAAAAGCUGGAACUUUGUGUCAAAUUUAACUUUAAACAGAAGGUGAUGAUUUGCCAAACAUAGAAACUCUGUAGUAAAUUAUGACUAAACCUCCUAAGACCCUGCAUGCACUUAUGAGGGCAAAACUUUUUGGCUUUCCUACAACAAAGUAAUAUUUAAUGCUGAUAAUUUUUUUAAAAUAAUUGUCUGGAAUGUCAAAUGAAGUUAAAGUUUUUUCAUGGAAGUUAAGGGAAAAUGCUUAUGUAU